UGAACUGUAAAAGCCAAACAGGCUGCGUUAGCUUCACUGUAAUGACGUUAGCCUGCUGGAUGGUUUUUUCUGCCGUUAAUGAUUUAGGAUACUGGGGACCGACAUCCGUGAGCCUCUCCGGUCUUUUGAAGCACAGCCACCGUGACCUCCUUGAAUUCAGCCCCAGUACCGGGCAACCCUGAAGGAAGUGGUGACCCUGCCCUCCUGACACCCUGAUUCCCCCUGCUUCCCUCCCCAAAGUCGUUGCCCCGCUUCCCACCAUCCUGACUGGGUGCCCGUGCUGCCGGCGGUGGAUUAGAGUACUCUGAUUGGAGGCUUUGCGAGGUGGUUUUUCGGUCUGGCGCCGCCUCCCCCAGGGGCCGGCGUGCGCUCCCAGCAGCCCGUGGUGCCCUGCGCCCCCCCCUCCCCAUCACUGCACACCAGAGCCAAUGCCCAAGGAGGAGGCGCGGUCCGUCCGCCAGGAGCCAUGUGCCUCCCUCACACCAACAACAUGGAGAACAAGUUACAGGGGGUGGCGCAGGGGGGAGGGGCUACACUACGAUCACGGCCAGGAGGCGUCCCACUGGAGCCCUUCAUACACCAGGUGGGGGGUCACACCAGUAUGAUGCGUUAUGAUGACCACACGGUGUGUAAGCCUCUGAUCAGCAGAGAGCAGCGCUUCUACGAGUCUCUGCCUCCAGACAUGAAGGAGUUCACCCCGGAGUAUAAAGGUGUGGUGCUGGUUUGUUUCGAGGGCGACUCUGACGGCUACAUCAACCUGGUGGCUUACCCGUACGUGGAGAGCAACAUGGAGGGAGGGCCCGGCGAGCACGAAGAGCGUGACCCCCCCGAGAGGGAGCAGCCGCGGAGGAAACACUCUCGGCGCAGCCUCCACCGCUCUUCCUCUGAACACAAGGAGGAUCGGCCCGACAGGAGGGAGUCACAUGACCCAGAGGCCUCUGAUAAUCUUGCAGAGCUGAAGAGUCCGCGACUCGACCCGAAGCUCUACUCGGACGUUCCCUUCCAGAUGUUGGACUGGAACAGCGGUUUGAGUUCAGAGAAGAUCAGCCACAACCCCUGGAGCCUGCGCUGCCACAAGCAGCAGCUCAGCCGCAUGAGGUCCGAGUCCAAGGACCGCAAACUCUUUAAACCAGAGUUUCUGCUGUUGGAGAACGUGGUUCAUCACUUCUCCUACCCCUGCAUCCUGGACCUGAAGAUGGGCACCAGGCAGCACGGAGACGACGCCUCCGAGGAGAAGGCGGCCCGGCAGAUGAAGAAAUGUGAACAGAGCACUUCAGCCACGCUGGGAGUCAGAGUGUGUGGCAUGCAGGUGUACCAGCUGAGCACCGGUCACUACCUCUGCAGGAACAAGUACUACGGCCGCGGCCUGUCAAUCGAAGGCUUCCGCGAGGCGCUCUUCCAGUACAUGCACAACGGGAAGGGUCUGAGGCAGGACCUCUUUGAGCCGAUCCUGAAAAAGCUGCGCAGCCUAAAGGAGGUGCUGGAGAGGCAGGCGUCCUACCGCUUCUACUCCUCUUCACUGCUCAUCAUCUAUGAGGGAAAGGAACCUGAGCAUGCAGCGUCCCACCAGAAGACUCCCGCGGCCCCCGCAGAGCCCCACUGUGCCCCCGGCCCCCACGCAGCCCCAGGCGCUCCCUGUGAAACGGUCAUGAGCAAGAACCCAGACCCGGGGCCUCAAUCCUCUCAGGGGCCUGCUUCCGCUCAGGGACCUGGACUGAUGGCCUCCCCCUCCCCUCGUCCCCCCCCACAGGCCCCACCCUCCAAGUCAGACUGCCACUCUUUCCUUCCCCCUCUCCCUUCGCCUCACCCCAUACAAAAAUCUUCCUCCCAAGCUCCCAACUUAAGCUCCUGCCCUCCACCUCCUCCUCCACCAGCCCCCCGGCAGCCACCCCCCCUGGUGGACGUUCGUAUGAUCGACUUCGCCCACUCCACCUUUAAGGGUUUCCGCGGCGACACGGCGGUGCACGACGGGACGGACCGGGGCUACGUGUUCGGACUGGAGAGCCUGGUCAAGAUCCUGGAGAGCCUGCAGGACGACAACCUGCCGUAGCUCCCAACACACAUACACACACACACAUACACACACACACACACAUUUGUUGUGAGUUAGUUCAGGUCGUGCGGUCGUGUUUUCUAGAGAACUGAAUUGGUUUCGCUGUAAAUAUGGACUGAGGUUCUUGAGGGUGUCACCAUGGCAACGCGGCAUUCUACAGUUGAGUAGUUACUAUAGCAACAGCCAGGAGGCGGGACAGUGGAGCCAAAAUGGCUGCAACCUAAAGCUCAUAUGAAGAAACCUUUGCAAAACACACACCUUUGUACUUCUACACUUGUGAGGACCUACAUUGGCAUAAUGCAUUUAGUUUUACAUAACCUACAGUUCACCCGAAAAUCUACCAAUUUUUCCUUCUCAGCCACACUGCUUUUUUUCAAUCUUGAUUGUUUUGGUUUAAGUAGCCGAGUUAUGGAGAUAUCGUUGGGAAGAUGUCUGCCUUAUCUCCAAUGUAAUGGAACUACAUGGCCUGUGGUGCUAAAAGUGCCGAGAUCUGCAAUGUCUCUUUUCACUAAUCAUAUUGUUUCAUCUAGGUACUUUUUCUUUCUACCAAAGUACUCCUGCCAACCCUCAUCCUUUAUUAGAUACAUGCCUCAACUAUACGAUGAGAGGCGUGUGUGCGAUGAUACAGUUGGCCGAUGUAGUUUGGUAAAAACAAAUUAGUUCCUACAUUAAACUGCUAUCAACAUGGUCUUUGGAUUAUCUUGAGUAUCAUGAGUUUUCAAAUAUAUGUUUGGCACUUUUAAUGCCAUCUAGUUUCAUUCCACUGGAGAGUAGGCAGACAUCUCUCACGCUCCAAAACCAAAACAAUCUGCAUUGAUUUAUAGCACCACAGCUGAGACUUGUUAGAGUCCCCUUGCACUCGCAAAUGUGUUUCUCUUCUUCACCGUGAAGUUCUUGCUUCACUGUGAGGAUUAUAUAUGUGUUUGACACCAGAGGGAUAUUUUAACAUAUAUCUGCAACAGAAGGAAGGUUGCUCUGUGCUUUCCUUAAAUCUGAGUUUUAAAAUGUGUACAUGUGAGUUUCUCAACUGGUUCGGAGCCAGUCCUGAUUCAAUAAAAGGGGCAAGUAGUAGAUGUAGGUCACUGAAUUUUAAUGAGGCCUUUUUUGUAGAAAAAACACACAGAAAUUACUCUUCAAAGCGGAUCACUUCUAUGUCUUAAGAUCUGUUGUAGGGGGUCUUUAAACUACAGAAAGGAACAAAGCAGAUGAAAGUGAAAAACAUGCUUCCUGUGUCAAACUCACGUAGGUUAUUCUGCUGCACAGUGAGGAUGAAACAUCGAGUGAAAUAAAAACACUGAAACACACACACAAGUCAAGGGGGUUUCAUAAUACCACUUCACACUUUGAAGGAUGAGAGGACCAUCCAAAAAACAUCCUUAUUCCCAAGGUUGAACAUUUCAAUUGGUCCUGAUUAAGAUAUACAAACAACCGCACUCUAUAUACACACACACACACACAUACACACACACACACAUACACAUACAGACAUCCUGGGAAAAGUUGUCUGUGGACAGAGCGUCCUCUGCACGACCAAUCAGCUGCAUCCCAGGGGCCGCCCACUGAACACUCACUUUAUGUCCCCCCCCUUGCUCCUCCCCCUCACUCCCCUGACUCCUCCCCUCUUCUCACCCCUCCACUCUUCUCCGCUCCUCUUUCUCGACAGAAACCAAACCCGGACAGAUGAACAGACUCUUUCAGCGUUACCCUGAAAACGCACUCCAAGCAUCUGUUAAAGCAAUAGAUGGAUGUGAUAGACUGCAAUGUUUUUGUUUGUUUCAGCAGUGCAGAGGGCAGCAUUGCCCCACAGGGAGAACGGGGAUAAAGUAUAAACAUAGAAGUAGGCUUAAGGAAAGGGUAUAGAUCAUUUCUUUAAAAAAAACCGCUGUGUGUCCGUUUUUGGGGCUUACGUCAAAAACGUUAGUAGUCGGUGUCCGUAAAUCAUCCUCUGGGUUUAUUGUGUAAUACUGAAAGCAUAAGUGUCACUUCCCUAAAUCUGGUCUGCUGAUAUUUUUCUUAUUCUCAACAAAUCCCAUUUAAAAGAAAGACUCAAACCAACAAUUAAAUGAUCCACUUACACCAAUUGUGUGUAUCAAAAUCCUGAUGUAUCUUCUUCCUCUCAUCCAUGGAGCUCCACUUUUGUCCAAAAAUGAUUAAAAACACACCAAUAAGCCACACUAUUCGUCCUUCAUUAAAUACUCAUUAGAGCACCAAUUGUGGGUAAAUCUGCUGCGGAAAAUAGUGCCCAAGAAAUGCACUGUCCUCAUGUUUGAGUAAGGUUUGCUAACAACUACAAUGACCAGCUGAUUUAGGAAAUGACUGAGUCUUUCAAAUGUGAGAUUUAAUCUCCUUUUUUGUAUCAAAUUAUUUUUGGUGGUGUUUUGGUUUGAUUGCCAAAGCAAGAGAGACUAUGGGGACGUUGUGUUUUAUCAUCGGCCCCUCGGGCUCAAGUGUCCCUUUCUUGACAUAACAGCAUAUGGCCAAAAAUAUUCCCAAAAUGUCCCAUUAAUAGUUUUAAGGCUCUGUUGUGUGGAUUGUUUGUUUAAAUGUCCUUUAUAAGCUCUAGCGCUACAGAUAAAUAUUCACCAAGUUUUAAGAGAUGGACUAACACAUUGUUGGUUUGGGUCUUUGAAUGGGAUAUAUUGACAAUAAGAAAAAUAUAGAAUAACACCAGCCUUAUUCUUUAAGUUAGGCCUGUGUGAUAUGGUUGAAUAACAAAAAUAUUUAUUAAAAAUUAAUAUUUUUCUUAUAUUAUAUACAUAUAUAUAUAUAUAUGUAUAUAUGUGAUAAAAUCACAAUAUUGAACAGCUGCGCAAAACCAUACGAAAUAAUUCAAUCCAUUGAAUUGAAUUGUUUUCCAUAAAGAACAAAACCUCCAUCUUCUUUUCCCAGAUUUUUUUAUUUGUACCACAUUAUUGUGUUAACAUGAUGUGUUUGAAUCAUCAUGAGGAGUUUUAAGUUUUUGAAUCAUAAUGUUGCCCAGUGUACGGAAGCCCUGAGAGGCAAGUGAAAACUUUGUCCCCAAGUUGAUGUAAAGAAAAAUUAUCCUGGACAAACCUUUUUUUUUAUAUCUGUUUUUAAGUAUUUAUUUUAAGCCUGAAGUUAAACUAUUUAGAGUCAUCAUUUUACUCACUGCUUCUCAAGGCUUCAGUAAAAGUGUCAGCCACAAAAACAAAAAAAAAACAGUAAUCUUUAAGUAAUUGUCAUCAGAAUUGGGUAUAGUUCAUUUAAAGAUAUCACCAUCCUCUUAUCUGAUUGGUCCUGAUAAGACGGUGUUAGCCAAUCACAUUUGUCCAUUUAUGCUUCUGUCAUCGCGUUCCAGAGGCCGGCUGUGACGCAGCGCCGCCCCCUGCUGGACAGCACCGGGAGCUGGAAUAAGAGAGAGCAAAUAUGAAUAUUUUAUUUUUGGUUUAUCGAGGUGAUAAUUUAUUUUUUUAUUGUACCUUUUACCCAUGUGUUUGGGUAAAUGUUCUGUCUUUUACAUGUAUCCCCCUUGCCACCCCACAAAUGUAUAAAAUGUAAAGAAAUUCAGAGACACAGUGUGUGAAAUGUCAGAAAUUCGCAGUAUUAUUUGAGUCCGUUUUAUUUGCCGCUGCAGCUUCAGACAAAAAGCGGAUUGUGUUUCAUGAAGAAAAGUCGCAGUAAAUCCAGACUUCAGCUCGCUCAGUGACCCCAACACUUCUGCCUGCUUGUUGCUCUGGUGUGUGUUUGUGUGUGUGUUAGAACAGGUUGACGCCAUCUUUAGUCUUUGGUUUGUUUCACUUCACAUUUGAAGGAGCUGCAUGCACAUUAACGUCCUUCUGUUUGGGUCCGUUUCGAGCACAGCGUCAAACUAUUUUGAGUCUAAAGCGGUGAAGGCCCUCGUGUCCUCAGAUAAUCAUGAUGUCUCGUCAUGGAUAUUAUUGCCUCAAUGCUCGAUCAGUUAUUAGUAGCAGUUUCUGCAUCUGACAUCAUCCUGACUGUUUGUUAGAACAGUGAAAGUAAAGUGAGAUUAAAUCUUUCCAGAAGCUUUUUGGGCUUGUGUUGUAAUUUACUCACAGACACAUCAAGUGGAGAAGGCUCCGGGUCAAUGAGGCAAAUGUUAUCAGGCCAGUGUCCUCUUAAUCCAACAGAUUUACAAAACCUUCCAUUGGCUUUAUAUAGUCACAAAGCUUCCAAAUCAAGCGUACAUAAAGGAGCUCAUUUCAGAAUCUUCUCCAGUCUACUGUGCGCUAAAGGAGAUGCGCAGAGCUAUGGAAUGUAAGCAGAGUCAAGUGUGUAUAAGAUUAUGAAGUAUUUAUAUUUUGAAUAGAUAUAUAAACUGCUUGUUAACACACAAAGGGAAACUAAAGACACAUGGUUACAUUUAUUCACAAAUAAACACUUUUAACCCA